UCUGCUUCGACAUCCAGACACCAUGGCCCGACGAUACGACUCCAGAACCACCAUCUUCUCGCCAGAGGGCCGACUCUACCAGGUCGAAUAUGCCAUGGAGGCCAUCUCUCAUGCCGGCACCGCCCUCGGCGUGCUGGCCACCAACGGCAUCGUCCUUGCCGCCGAGAAGCGAGUCACCAGCAAGCUGCUCGAGCAAACCCACUACAGCGAGAAAAUCUACCAACUCGACGACCGGAUGGCCUGUGCCGUUGCUGGUCUGACCGCCGACGCCAACACCCUCGUGAACCAAGCCCGUCUGGUUGCCCAGCGGCACCUGUUAACAUACAACGAGUCCAUCCCGGUCGAACAGCUUGUCGAGAGGCUAUGCGAUAUGAAGCAGGGCUACACUCAGUACGGAGGUCUCCGUCCCUUUGGUGUCUCCUUCCUGUACGCCGGAUAUGACGAGCGUUACGGAUUCCAGCUCUAUCGAUCGGAUCCCAGUGGAAACUACUCUGGCUGGAAAGCCACCUCCAUCGGCGCAAACUCCACAAAUGCCCAGUCGAUCCUGAAGCAAGACUACAAGGAGGAGGGCAUGACGCUCCGAGAGGCGAUUUCUUUGGCGAUCAAGGUCCUGGCCAAGACGAUGGACUCGACCAAGCUCACGUCCGAAAAGUUGGAGUUUGCUACCCUCAGCACCGACGCGCGCGGACAGGUCGCCUAUCACCUGUACAAGCCCGACGAAAUGGAGGCCUUGCUGAAGGAGGAGAAUGUGGAGCUGCUGCAGCAGACCCAGCAGAACGACCAGUAGAGCCCGCUCGUCCCGCUUGACAAUCCCGGCCGCUGCGCACAUCCAGCAUCCGUGCGCGAUCUCUACUGAAUAUACAGUUAUUUCGAUCUGA